ACUAGCCACUUUUUAGAGCCACAAGUUGCGACCACAUGUGGCGACCACAUGUGGUUAUGUUUUGAAUACCCGGCCACAUUUGGUCGCCACAUCGAUAUCACUACAUCUCAGUUUCAGCAUGGACUCUGAGGAAGAGGCACUGUCACUGCUUAUACUUCUGCGACGUCGCCGCCGCCGUCGUCGGAGAGCGCUAUGGAUGCACCCAAUUACUGCUUCGAGAUUGACCCACGGACAGUUUUACAUGAUAAUGAGUGACUUAAGAGCAGAUGAUGAUAAAUUUUUUGACUACUUUAGGAUGACCCAGGAAAGUUUCAACGAACUCUUGGCCAUAAUUGGCCCCCACAUUCGCAAAGACAGUACACACCUAAGGAAGAGCAUUCCAGCUGAGGAGAGACUUGCCAUGACAUUAAGGUUCUUAGCAACAGGGUGUUCCUCUUCUGAACUACAUUACACUUUCCGGUGUGGGAAGUCCACCGCUAGAGGGAUCGUGCAAGAAGUCUGCAAGGCGAUAAGGGAGUAUCUACACGACCUAUGUUUCCCAGAAUUAACAAAGCAAGAAUGGCUGAAAAUUGAAGAAGGCUUUCGUUGUGAAGCACACUUUCCAAACUGCAUAGGCGCCAUCGAUGGCAAGCAUGUGAGGCUCAUUAAACCAACGGGCAGUGGUUCUAACUACUUUUGUUACAAGAAGUAUUUUUCAAUGGUGUUGUUAGCUGUAUGUGACGCAAACUACAGGUUUACUUUUAUAGAUGUCGGUUCUUAUGGUAAAGCAUCAGACUCCUCAAUCUACAAAAACAGUAACCUCUACAAAAAAAUGCAGCAAAAUACACUGAACAUUCCUAGCGAUAAACCAGUGUCAACGAAUGGGGACCCACUUCCCUUCGUUUUCGUUGGCGACGAAGCUUUUGGCCUCUCUACUCACAUGCUACGCCCGUAUGGGGGAAAAAAUCUCCAACACAAAAAGAAAAUUUUUAAUUAUCGCUUAUCAAGAGCGAGGCGAUACAUCGAAAGUGCAUUUGGCAUUCUCACAAAUAAAUGGCGCAUAUUUCAUAGACCACUGGAUUUACAUGUUGAGAAUGCCGAAAACAUUAUCAGGGCAUGUUGCACUUUACACAACUUUGUAAGAGAAAGGGAUGGUGUACAAUUUGAAAACACACUGAAUGUUGUAGGUCUGACUGAUGGUGAUGGUGCAAUACAAGCAGGAUGCCCUCGAUCCGCUAUAACAAUAAGAUAAAAGUUCUCGGACUACUUUUCCAGCAUAGGAUCAGUGUCGUGGCAGGAUAGAAUGAUUGGGAACAGAGUGUAGGGCAAGUCAAUGUGUGACAUAGUAAAGGAUGUAAUGUGUUACAAACUUUUUUCUAAAUUAUUUCUUGUGUCACUUAUGUAUUAAAUAUACAUUAUUAUACAUUAUUAUACAGCUAUGUAUGAAAUACUAGACUUACAA